GCCAGACUGGCAUUAAGGCCACCGCAGAUCAUGCAUUCUCCUCAAUCUAGUCUUGCUUUGUGUCUUUUUCAAGAAGAAGGGGCCUAAGCCAUCCUUGCGGGCCGUCUUUUUCAAGUAGAAAAAGGAGCCAAGGAUCAUGUUGCAACAAGGGGCUUUUUCAAGCGCCAUCUUUUUCAAGUAGAAAAAGGAGCCAAGGAUCAUGUUGCAACAAGGGGCUUUUUCAAGCGCCAUCUUUUUCAAGUAGAAAAUGGAGUCAAGGAUCAUGUUGCAACAAGGGUCCUCUCUGAUCAAGGAUCCUCUCUGAUAGAUCAUGUAAUCUAUCAGGUGAUCACGGACGGGACUCGUUCUCAACCGAACUGGUACUAGCAGAAAGGAUGUUCCUGCAAGGGAAGAAGAUGCGCCUGCAAGGAGACUCUAAUCUUCGUGACAACCGCGGGAUGGGACGCGAGGUAUGUCGCAAACUUUCGGCGCAUUUUUCACAAAGCCGGCACGGCCUUGUCUCGUGUCCACUCCCGUCCUGCUCCGACUACUUUUUAAGGCUACUGCUUUAAUCACGAAAUUGAAAUCCAUUUUUUCCGCGCACACCUGACAUGAAAGGCCAUUUUGAUUUUCGUCUAUUUCAUAGAUUUAUUCCCUUGUGAUUAGUUUCAUUCCAUUUCGAUUUCCACCAAAUAAGGUCAUUUAAUAUUUUCGUCUGUAGUUUGUUUCCUACACCUUAUUCGGUGGGGCUCGUUGUGCAGGAUCCAUAACGUAACCUAACCCGUAUUCUAGGGACGCCUACUGCUCGGGCGGAGCAGGAUGAGUGAACUUCCUUAUAGGAAAUGCGUUAUAGGUCACGUCAAACUUAUAGUAAAUACAUUUACCUAGGUAAGUAGAAUGAACAAUGAAGAAUUCUUUGAGAACGGGUGCUGCGGACCGCACUAUCAGAGACGCACACGUGACAACUCUUGGAGGAGUGGAUCUUCUAAGAGCUUGCCGCGAUGAGGCAGGAUGCCGCAGAAGCAAAAGGAGAGAAAGCAUCAGAG